AUGAAGAGCAGUGGCUGCCUGUCUCUCAGCAGCUCCUGGGACUCCAGCCUGGAGCUGGAGUUGGGGAGCUGGAGGAUGACUGAAGAGGCCGCUAUGGAGGAACAAGAGGAAAGCAGUCAAGAAGUAGAGGAUCGCAGGCUGGAGUCCAGGGAACCUCUGGUAUGGGAGGAUGGCAGAGAAGAGCUCCAGGAAGAGGCAGGGCAGUGUGAACAAGACAGUCUUCUGCAGUUCCUCUUGGAGGUGACUCACCUCAUGGAACCCCUCUGCAUUAGUGGCACAGACUCAGAACAGAAUCACUGGGCUUUCUGUGGCUCUGGGCAGCAAGAGGAAAGGGAAGUCCUGAGCUUCAAGGAAGAAAUGGCAGGACCACUAGUCCUAAGAGAGGAGGAAAGGCAGCUGCAGGUCCUGAUAGAAGAGACUGGGGAACUGCACAUCCCAGGAAGAGAGGUGGGGGAGGAGUGGGUACCACAGGUAUCAGGAGAGCUGCAGGUCUUGGGCUGGGAGGCUGGAGAAGCUGAGGAACAACAGAUUCUAGAAGAGGAGACAGGAGAGCCCCAAGUUCCAGGAGGAGAGGAAGGGGAUUCAGGAGAGCCGAGAGGGCUGCAGUUUCCAGUGGAGAAUGGAGGAGAAAUGGAGGAGGAAGAGAAGAACAGGAAGCUGCUUCUGGAUGAGACUUCCUCGGACAUGAGUGCGUUGGAGGGGGCACUCCCAGGCAGUGUGGAGGGUGAUGUUCUGGAGCAGCCUGCAGAACAUGCUCAGGGUGAGAGCCACUUGUUGGAGGAGGACAACGAUCUCUCUGCACAUGAUAACAGUGAUAGCUACAGUCCUUCUAGAGCAUCCCUGGUGGACUCCAGUCUCAUGAGCCCAGCCUCCUCACAGCUGGUGCCGCUCAGCUGCGCUAACUCACUGCGACAUUUGCUUUUCAAAAAGACGCUGCUGUCCAUCUGGAAGAUGAUAGCCAGCCACAGGUACUGUGGCCCAUUCCUGAAGCCGGUGUCAGACAAGCAGGCUCCUGGGUACAAGGAUGUGGUGAGAAGACCCAUGGAUUUAACCAACAUAAAGAGGCGCCUGUCCAAGGGCCAGAUCUGGACCACAGCCCAAUUCCAGCAGGACCUUAUGCUGAUGUUCCAGAAUGCAGUGAUGUAUAACAGCUCUGACCAUCAUGUGCACCGCAUGGCUGUGGAGAUGCAGCGAGAUGUCCUGGAGCAGCUUCAGCUGCUGGGUGAGGCCCUCCUGUGCUCAGAAGAGAGGCUGGGCUUUGGGAGGAGAUAGGAAGACUGUCAGAUAAGGGGCCAGUUUUGUGGGGUAGUACCCUCCCCCAGCACUCUUCCAGACCCUGUUCCCCUGCCCUGCACUCGCAACCAUUUCUCACAGCCCAGGAAGCUGGAUUAAAAAAACUAAAUGCAAUUUCUAGAUUCCUGGGGCCUCCUCUGCCCUAGAAAGACAUCCCCUUCCUUGGCUUGGGGUGGGGCUGAGCACACACUCCCUGAGCUGGAUGCCUCCUUCCUUGGCUGGAGGGGUGGUGAUAUUCCCAAGGGUUGGGGACCCUUCCCAGGCCAAUAAAGAAAGAUGCUGUCCCCAAAGAAAUGAGCUGUAUAGCCCUUGGUCCCUUUAAGAGUUCCUGUGAUGCGUGUCUGUACCUCUGUCCCUGAUUCAUCGUUUAGCACAGUGGAGAAUGAGGAAGGAAGGGUGUAUUGGAAGACUCUGUCAGUCUGCAUAGUUAAAAGGACAAUACCAAAAUUGGCUGAGGCAGAGCUAGGCAGACUGUUUGUGAAAUGCAGGCUCUGAGUAAGGUCAUUUAAGCCUUUGAAAGGUGGCUGUUACGGCUCUUUGUUUCUACAAUGUAAUCCCUGUAAUGAGGACAUGAGGGGAAAAAACUACAAGGCCUUUAAAAAUCUGUUUAACCUGAGGUCACGCACACUGAAGUGCCUUAAUCAUAAUCAUAUGGCUGCUGCAUGAUGUCACCACAGGGCAGAGUUAAGGUUGUUUAAUGGUGCAUUUCCAUCCUUAACACAUUUGGAUUUAAGUGUAAUCUAAACUUGAAUUUCCUGGGUUUGUAAUGUUUGGUUUGGGGAUCAUUGCAACAGCUCUGUAAAUGUUUUUACCCUUCCAUCACUGAUAUGUGUGCUCGCUUUUAACUGCAUUUUUGGCUUGGAAUCUAAGUCAGCUUGUAAACAGGGUAAAGCCUCUGCUUUUAUUUCCAUUUUCUCUGCUUUUAAUAAAUCUUGUGUGUGUGAAGUUGUUGUAAUCGCACACAGUUGUCCCCAGAAAGAACUCCUUAACUGCUACAGGGGGAAGUUUCUGGAACGCACAUGUGCCCCGGUCUCCGCCAAGAGGUCCUAUCCCAGCCACCCUGCCAUGAAACUUCCCAGGGAGAGAGGCUUUGCAGUACUUCAGGGCUUGUUCCCUGCCUUAUUCUGUCCUCCCUGCAGGUGCUGAGGAGCCAGAGAGACUGGGCUGGGGUGAAAAGCUGGAGUCCAAACUUGAUGCCUGAAUUCCGUUCUGGUGAAACCCUUGUUGGUGUCCAAAAGUUAGGGAAUCUGGUCCCGUUCUAGAUUCCCUCUGCGCCUGGGGCAGCUCCCUGCUACCCCGCCAUCCCCGGGCCCGCUCCCUGGCACCCCCCAACCCGGGCCCGCCUGGAGCCGCUCCCUGCCAUCCCCACCGGGCCUGGCGCCUCCCCGCGCCGGGUGCGUGGCCCGGUUGCGGCGGGGCGCUGGUAGCCCGGGCUGCAGCCAGAACCCGACCUGGGGCCCGGCCGCCGGGGCGGGGCGAAGAGACCCGGGACACGCGCACCGACGUGGCUCCAGUAGGCGCGUGUCCUGUCUUCUCGCAGGCGGGCCACGUGGGGACCGCGCCGCCAGGCCGCCUCCGCGAGGGGCGGGGCAAGCAAGGGGAGGGUUGUUAUU